AUGGCGACCGAUGGCGCGGGAAGAGCUGUGACGGAUCUGGAAGAGCCGGAACUUUGCUCCUCCGAUUCCGGCUGUGCGGUGGUGGAUGAGUCGCCCAGCAAGAAGCGAAAGAAGGCGAUAUCAAGCGCCGGAGGAAAGUCCCAGCCCAAAGAGGCUGAGUCCAAAGAUGAAAAGACAAAGAGUGCUGAUACGCACGUUUCGAAGGCCAAGACAAGCAAGUCUUCGUCCACGCGGGCGGCGGCGCUGCCGCCUGGUUGGAUCAAGGUGGCUUCCAAGUCGCAUCCCGGAGCUUUCUACUAUGCUCACCCAGCCACGAAGCGUACGCAAGCUCAUCCGCCCGCUGCGAUGUACACGGGGCUUCCCGAGCCCAGCGAGCCGACCACGUUGCUGGGCACGCCACUGCCAGGUGCUCAGGUGAAGAAGGCUGCGGAGGAGGCCAAGGAGGCGAAGGAGGCCAAGGCACGCGAGGAAGCGCUGAAAGCGCAGAAGGCCAAGGAAGAGAUGUUGAAGCGUCAAAAGGAACGCCAGCAGAAGCUGCAGCAAGCAGAGGAAGAGGCCAAGAAGGAGAGCGCGCAGGCCGAGGAGGUGAUCCGAAAGGCACGCGAGCGGCGUGCCACGCUGGCAGAGAAUCAAAGCAGCUUCGAAGAGGUUCCGGCCGUGCCCCGCGCUCCCAAGCCGCGGGGCAAGACUGGAAUUCACUUCGAUCGGAGCAAGCCCGAGGAGAUGGCGAACGACGAAGACGAGGAAUCGGAGGAGCUGGACUUGGAUCGCCUCAAAGUGAAGUUCCGCAAGCAGGUUGAGGCGCGGGACAUGGCCAUGAUCCCCGAUUUGGUCUUCGAUGAUGAGCCGCCGCCUCCGCCCCCGCCGCCAUUGGCACCCUUACCGCCGCCGCCCAUGCCGCUGCCAGAAGGGAAUCCUGUGAAGGAUAAGGAGGCGAAGGUGGAUAAGAAAGAAGAGAAGAAGAUGAAACGAAGAGCUAAGAAGCAAGAACUGAAAGCGAUAAAGCAAAAUAUGAGCAAGGAGGAAAAGAAGAGGUUCAAAAAGAUCAGGAAGAUGCAGAAGCUUCAAGCCAAAGUUGCUAAAGCGGAGAAGGCAUUGAAGAAGUCCGAGAAGCAGCUGAAAAAGACCAAGAACGGGUCCGGCUCCUCGUCCUCUUCAUCCUCCAGCAGCUCAUCCUGA